GUCAAUCUUGGGCGAUUUCACUGCAGUAAUUACUGUUAUACCUUAUACCAGUUAUUGAAAUCCUCACAAAAACCUUUACAUGAGAAGUAGCCGUAAUUAAAUUCCGCCAAUACCAUCAAUUGGUAUCGUGUGCACAAACAUUCAUAACUCCAUCGAUUUCUCUCCCAAUUUUGAGCUUAUAGUUAGUACAUAUUCCUUUGCGGUACAGUGAUCUUGUGUUUCAUACACAAAUUAAUGGUUUCAAUGUAUUUUCCGCUACAUAUAAAUGAGCGAGUUCGGGACCUUAACUAUUCGUGGUUUAUCAGAGAAACCGCUUUCGUAUAGCAAUUUCCUGUCACUGAUAAUCAACUAUAAAUUCCAGUUUAAUCUAUGGCACAGCAGCAAUAAAGAGGUGCAUAUUAUGGUCAGUCCACAAAAACUCAUACAUCUACAGAACUAUACGCGCGCCUAUAGCCUGCCUUUGGAAGUUAUGGUCUCCAAUGUGCAGAGUCUUAUCGAUGGUGAACAACCCGCAAAAUCUACAGACGAUAGCACCUUCGGCUGGACACGCUAUUAUCCCUUAUCAGCAAUUGAAGUAUUCCUCGACGAAAUACUGGCGAAAUACCCCGCAGUUACGACUGAAAUAAAUAUUGGCACAUCCUAUGAAGGACGCAAGAUACGCGGCAUUAAGAUCUCUUACAAGGAGGGUAAUCCUGGUAUCUUCAUCGAAGCGAACAUACAUGCGCGCGAAUGGAUCACCUCAGCGACAGCUACUUGGUUAAUCAAUGAACUGCUGUCUUCCACCGACGAGGAAGUACGUAGUUUAGCUGAGAAUCACGACUGGUAUAUUGUGCCAGUCUUAAAUGUGGAUGGUUUUACGUACACGCACGAAACGAAUCGCAUGUGGCGUAAGACACGCCAACCAGUGGAGGGCUCAGCGUGUAUUGGUGCUGAUCCGAAUCGUAACUAUAAUUCUCAUUGGAUGGAAAGCAACGGUGCGUCCUCGAAUCCUUGCGAUGAGACCUAUGGCGGUCCGGAGCCUUUUUCCGAACCCGAGGUUAAGGCGCUCGCCGAUUAUGUUACUAGCAUUAAGGAACGUCUAAAUAUUAUGCUCGCCUUUCAUUCGUAUAGUCAAGUGCUGCUCUCUCCUUAUGGCUGGACAAGUGAGCUUCCUGAAAAUCAUAAUGAUUUGACAGAAGUGGCAAAAGCUUACUCAGAUGCGGUCAAGGAGUUACCCUACGACACGGUUUAUACUUACGGCUCUACAGCGAAUGAAAUGUUCUAAUUGAUGCUGAGCAAUCUUCAAAAACUACUGACGAUCUAUCCUUUGGUUGGACACGCUAUUAU